GUAUGAAAGUGAAUCAUUAGUUUUUACAGCAGGUCAUACAGGCUUUAAUCUAACAAGCAGAGUUCAGGAGAUAAGACAGAGCAGGUUCAGGUCACAAUUUUGUGUGAAGAUCGAGGAAACAUGCAAACUAUGGACAGUAAAUCCAAACUCCGUGCGACGAGCGCCUUGGUUUUCCACACUGUUCUCAUUCUUCUGGUAGCACGCUUCUAUACAGGCGAGGCAGUUGGUCAACAUCAACUAGUGGAGGCGUCCAUCGGCAUCACUGGUGAUGUCAUGUUACCGUGCCACGUGGAACCUGCCACGGACGCCACCGACGAGUUGCUGGAGUGGUCGAGGCAAGACCUGAACCCCAGAUUCAUCCACGUGAGGCGGGACGGUGAAGACCAUCUGGUUGAUCAAAACACAUCAUACAUGAACAGAACAUCGGUGUCCGUCGAUGGACUGAAACAGGGAAACAUGUCGCUGAGACUCUCCAGAGUGAGGCUGUCUGAUGAGGCCACUUACAGGUGCUUCAGUCCAAGAUUGAAGACAGAUUCUAGAGUUCAGCUUGUUGUUGCUGCUGCCAUUGAGAUAACCAAAGACGGUGCUGGAGUGCUGAAGUGUAAAUCUGCAGGCUGGUAUCCAGAACCUGAGGUGUUGUGGCUGGACGCUGAGGGAAACCUCCUCUCUGCUGGACCUACAGAGACAGUCAGAGGUCCUGAUGACCUCUAUACUGUCAGCAGCAGAGUGACUGUGGAGAAGAAACAUGGAAACAACUUCACCUGCAGAGUCCAGCAGAACAACGAGCACCGAGACACCAAGUUCCACAUUGCAGAUGAUUUCUUCACGGAUCCAUCAGUUAAUUCUGCCAUCCUCGCUGUGAUUGGGCUCAUUCUGUUUGUUCUGGUUGUUCUUGUAUUUGCUUUAUUUGCCUGGAGGCAAAACAAAAUCAACACCAAGAAGAACCCUGAGGAUGAAGAAUCACAGAGUGAAGAAAAAAAACCACUGAUGAAGAGUGAAAAAGAAACACAACACAACAUUGGAGGAACACAACAAGAACCAAGAACCCUUCAGGAACAGUGCGUUGAAAGAGGAGAUGCAGAAAGUGUAUCAACAUCUAUAAAAACAGAAACAGCAAAUCAGAAUCUGAUGAAUGAAAAUGUGAAGGAAACAUUGACUGAACAUAGUGACACAGCAGCUCAGAAACCAACUAAAGGAGAAGAAUCACCAGAAGAUCCCUCAGCAGCAGAAACAAAGACAAAAAGUAAAUCCAACACCAAGAAGAACCCUGAGGAUGAAGAAUCUCGAAGCGUUGAUUCAGAAGAAGAAAUAGAGCAGCACAAAGAAGAAGAAAAUAACACAUCAGUACCUGAAACAUCACAGAAGAUAGUCGAUAGUUCGAUUAAUGGUCAACAGCAAAGUGAUGAACAAUCUGUAAAGUCUGGAACAACACCUGAGUCUGAGAUGGAACCUGGAAGACAAGAAGAUGAGGACCUGACAGAUGAAGAAAACACUGAGAAUCAGACGACAAAACAAAAUCAAGAGGAGUCUGAAAACAAUGUGGAGGGAACACAGUCAGUUGAGACCAAACCAGAUGGAGAACAAAAAGAGGCAGGUGCAACAGAACCAAGAAUACCCCAAGAAAAACGUAAUGAUGUUGACAAAGGAGAUGCAGAAAAUGUAUCAACAUCUAUGACAGCAGAACCAGCAGAUCAGAGUCAGAUGAAUGAAAGUAAAGAGGAAACAUCAGCUGACAAUAGUGACACAGCAGCUCAGAAACCAACUAAAGGAGAAGAAUCACCAGAAGAUCCCUCAGCAGCAGAAACAAAGAUAAAAAGUGAAGAAACACCGAGUUCAAGUUCAGCAGAUGAGAACAACGGAAAAGAUGAGCUGCCAACAGACACUAAAAUACCAGAAAUAAAUAUAAAAAAUGGAGUAACAAAGACGGACCCUGCAACGAGAGAAAGUGAAGAAGCAAAACAUCCAGAAAGUUGAACAUCAGUUUAGGGUCCGAGACCGAGUUAAAGACGACAAACAAACCAAGACGUGAUGUGAUGACAAACAUGGAAAGAAAAGUAGAUAAAAUGAGAGAUGUGGUAGACAGAAGAACACAACUAAAGAGGACGUUGUCAUGUUUAGCUCUUUUACGUGUCGGUUCAUGGACAUCUUCUUGGGACGUUUGAAAGUUUUUAGCUCUUUUGUUUGCUUCAGGAUCCUUUAAAGUCACCAGUGAGCAGUUUCUCCAAACACUUGAUAUCUUUCUAAGUUUUGUUCAACGUCUUUUAUCUUCUUCAGUUUUGUUUUGUUUUUUUUAGCCUCUUAACAGCUUCUGGGACCAAACUCCAAAGCUGCAGAAACUUUUCCUGCACUGAUGAAGUCAUUAAACACACCGACGUCCAGAACACCGUGGGGCCUGAACUCAGCUUAAAUAAACCAAAUUUAUCAAAUACCUUGAAGUAAAACCUGGAAUGUGCCUUUAAAUCACAUAGAAAUUGUGGAAAAUAUGUGUAUUUGUCCCAAACAUGAAGGAACUUUCUGAACAGAGAUGCAACUUUCUGCUUCGAUCUUAAUCAUGACUGAUGAUGCAGAUUAAUUUCAUCAUUUUCAAGGUUAUACAGUUUAAAUUGUCCAUAAAUGAAGGCCGAUUUAACUUUUAUAUUUUACUUUUUUUUUCUUUAAAUGAAACACAGUCUAGACUCUCCAGAUCUUCCAUCAUUUGAUUUGAUGAUACUUGGCCUUAACCUUUAUUUCAUGGGGAAUAAUCAUAUGUUUUUACACAUAUCUUACCAUAAAAUGCUGUCAGUAGAGAUAUUUUUUCAGAUAUUUUCACAUGAUGAACAGAAAUGUGUCAUUUUUUUAAUUACUUCAUUGUUCAUGUACUUGCAGAGGUGGAAAACAAUCAUUUUUUUGUUAUUAUUAUUUGGACAUUUCUGACAUUUUUGAAUUUAUUAGCAGCUUUUGUUCCCUAAUUAAAUAUUCAGGCUUCCAGAAAAAAAAAACAAAAAACAAAAACAUUGUUUCUAAUCAGUUAAAAAUGUGCUUUUUGUUUUAUUUCAAGUCUUUUCUUGAAGUCAUGUCCAUUGUAGAUGUUUGUAUCACGUACUGAUUAUACAUGUGAUGUAUUAUAUAUGAAUGCAGUUAGAAAAAUUAAGGCAAGUUGGGAAAAAAAAUCAUAUUUUAUUCCAUUUUAGAUUUAUCUGGGAAUGUAAAGAAUGAAAUGAUCAAGUGAUUAAAUAAAAAGUGAGAUCAAUAAAGCAGAUAUCAGUGUUGUA